CCCAACAUUGAUCCCAAAGCUAACUUGCGCGAGCUGCAUCCUCUUCGCAGUUGCAGGUUGCUUCACUCCGCCGUCAUUCUCACCUCCGUAGUAGUCUUCUCCUACGGCACUCAACGCAUCCGGGCGUUUGGUGCCCCCAGCCCUUACAUAGCUCACAGCUCCGGACUCUUGCCGUUCCAUUCCAGAAACGAGGAACCCGAACCUCUCGAUGGAGCCGGUGGGAUCGAACACGCCCUUCGCGGCGGCGAGCACCGCCGAGGAGGCGUCGACUCGGCGAGUUGCCAACCGCAUCAUCCGUGCCCUGCAGCACCAGCUCCGGCUGCUGCACCGCGCCGGCGCGGACUUCUUCGUGCUGGGCGCCACGGGGAACGUGUACACGGUGACGCUGGGCACCACCCCAGCGUGCACGUGUCCGGACCCCGCCGUGCCGUGCAAGCACAUCCUCUUCGUGCUGCUCCGCGUCCUCGGCCUCUCCCUCGACGAGGCCUGCGUCUGGAGGCAGUCGCUGCGGCCGUGCCAGGUCGCGCGGCUCGUCGGCACGCCCACGUACCCGGACGUGCUCGCCGGCCCGCGCGCCCGGGAGAGGUUCCACCAGCUGUGGUCGGCCCGGCCGGCCAACAAGGUUGCCGAAGGCCGGCAGGAGACGUCGUCGGGGCGGCUCGACGGCGCGGCCUGCCCCGUCUGCCUCGAGGACAUGGCGCCGGAGCCAGCACCGCAGGGCGGCGCGGUGGCCGCGAAGGCGCUGCUGACGUGCAGGAUUUGCCGGAACGCGGUGCACGCCGAGUGCUUCGCGCGGUGGAAGCGUAGCCGCGCGAGGCGGGCGGCGACGUGCGUGGUGUGCCGGGCGCGGUGGAGGCAGCCGAGACAGGAGCAGGAGGAGCAGCAGUACAUGAACCUCGCCGCGUACAUGAACGACGAGGUCGACGCGAUGCAGAGCGACGACGACGGCGGGCUGUGCGCUGGGUAGUUGUGGACCUUAGCUUAUGAGGCUAAUUGUGACAUGAAUGUGAAGCUGUACAUAAUAGCAUCUCAAUUCAUUGGUUUCUCAUCUUCCUUGUUUUCCUUAGGAAACUGACUUAUACGACUUACUACAUCAUAUGUACAAAACUGAUGUAUGUGUUAAUAAAACAAUUGUUUACUAAUGUUU